GCCGCCGCUGCCGCGCCCUCGCGCUGGGCCCGGGCUGUGCCCGCCGCCGGCCGCGUCCCCCCGCAGCGCCGCCCGGCCGGGUGCAUGCAUUGUGGGCCUCCCGACAUGGUCUGCGAGACGAAGAUCGUGGCCGCGGAGGACCAUGCGGCGCUGCCUGGGGCCAAGAAGGACUCGCUGCUCAACGCCGCAGGCGCCAUGUGGCCCCCGCUGCCUGCCGCGCCCGGCCCGGCCGCCGCGCCCCCCGCGCAGGGACCCCCGGCUGGCGGCGGCGCGGGGGGAGCGGGUAGCGCGGGGCCGCCGGGGGGGCGCGACGUGUGCAUCCGCGAGUUCCGCGCCGCUGAGCAGGAGGCAGCGCGCCGCAUCUUCUACGACGGCAUCCUUGAGCGUAUCCCCAACACCGCCUUCCGCGGCCUGCGGCAGCACCCGCGCGCGCAGCUGUUCUACGCCCUGCUGGCCGCGUUCUGCUUUGCCGUGACCCGCUCGCUGUUGCUGACUUGCCUGGUGCCCGUGGGGCUGCUGGCCCUGCGCUACUACUACAGCCGCAGGGUGAUCCUGGCUUACCUGGACUGCGCGCUGCACACCGACAUGGCCGACAUUGAGCAGUACUACAUGAAGCCCCCCGGCUCCUCCUUUUGGGUGGCUGUGCUGGACGGUAACGUGGUGGGCAUUGUGGCUGCACGUGCCCACGAGGAGGACAACACGGUGGAGCUGCUACGCAUGUCUGUGGACUCCCGCUUCCGUGGCAAGGGCAUCGCCAAGGCGCUGGGCCGGAAGGUGCUGGAGUUUGCGGUUGUGCACAACUACUCUGCGGUGGUGUUGGGGACCACAGCUGUCAAGGUGGCUGCCCACAAGCUCUAUGAGUCACUGGGCUUCAGACAUAUGGGCGCAAGUGACCAUUACGUGCUACCUGGCAUGACCCUCUCGCUGGCCGAGCGCCUCUUCUUCCAGGUCCGCUACCACCGCUAUCGCCUGCAGCUUCGUGAGGAGUGAGGGUCACUGCCCGCCCACCGCCCCAUCCGCCCCCCUACACCUGUGCCCACCCACCUGCCCACCCACCCGCCUGCCGCCUGGUGCGGCCCUGCUUCCAGACGCUCACCUUGGCGUUUGUGUUGGGCUUUCUCCUUCAACAUCACGUGGUUAUCUGGCUGUUCCUGGGUGUGUGGGGCUGUUGCUCAUCUGAGACAGGGCAGUGGGUGGGGUCUGCAGCCAUGGCCUCCCCCCCAGCCUUGGGAAGCGGAGUUGUGGACCCUCAGACUACCCACCAAGCUGCCACCUGCCUCUGUCCGGAAGGCCUCAUCUCAUUAAGCACAGAAGCUCUGCCCAAAUCCUCCAGGAGCAGACUCCAGCCCCCUGGCCAGGCUGUGGCCCGGCCAUUGUCCCUGAAAUGUGGCCCAGGCUGGCUGGCCGCUGCCCUUAGGGAGGCUGAGGUGGCUUCAGGCCCCAUGCUGCUCUGUGCAUGCUGAGGACGUGGCUGUCUGCCGCAUGCCGCAUGCCACAGCCCCUGCCCUGCUGCCCUUCCCAGACCGGACCCAGGACCCAGGCCUGUGUGCACUCCAGGGGGGCUGGCCUGGGCCCGCCCACCCUGCACCCACUCCUGCUUUGCUUUGAUACUCCUGGUAUCCCUGCAUCCUGUGCCUGGGCUUGGCUGACUUGGUGCAGCACCCAGGUGUGGUUCCUGUAGUGACCUGUCUUACAUCAUGGCGGGGGCCCAGGGGGACACCUGUUCCCCAGUGCCUACUAGAUCAGGCGACCCCUCCCAGCUACCUGUGGCCCCCUGCCUCAGCUGUCUGCCGGGGUCCACCCUGUGAAUCUUACUAGCCCAGGCUGCUGCCGGUGAUGCCCAGCCACAGCUUCUCCCAGCCUGAAACUGACCCGUUUUCUAAUAAGUUACUUAGACAGAAUAGCACUCUGCAUGACUUUAAUUCUUGGGACAAAAUGGUAGUUUGUACCUUCAGACACACACGUCCGUGUGGUGCUAGCAUAUGCACUGUUUCUGGCCCCGUUUGAUGGGGGUGGGUGGAGGGCUUCAUAGUGAGAUCUGGGGAGACCCUGACCUAGUGUAAUCCCUCUGCAAAAACAUUCCUGGCUUGUGAGGAAGCUGCAGGCUGCCCCUUCCAGCCCUGGUCUGCAGGACUGAGGGGACAGGGCCCAUCCCAUAGUCCUGGAGGGGAGUUGGGCACUGCCAAGGGAAGGUGAGCAGGACCUGCUAUCUCGCCGUGGCCAGCUCAGCUGACUUGAGGGUGGCUGGGCAGGGAGAGGGAUGGUAGGGCUGGAAGUGACCACUGGUCAACUGAGCCUGUGCCUAGUCUUAUAUGGGAGGGCCACCCAGACCCCUUUGUGUGGAGCUUGAGGGACUGGGGGAAUGGCAGGCAGGGUGGCCACAGAGCUGGGACCCUGACACCGAGAAUAUGCUCUUAGGCUCUUCAGGAGGGAAUGGAUUGGCAGCCCAGCCCUCACUCCAGGGGCCUUUUUGUUCUGUUAGCAGUUGAGGCACUUGCAGAGCACUGUACAGACCCCGCUAUCCCCUGUACAUUCCUCCCUGGUGGCGCCCGGUCCCCUUUGGGGGUGGGAGUUUUGUAGACUGUACAGAAAUUGGCACCCUAUUUUCUUGCAGCUCUCAGAUUUUGUUAAUCUGGAUUAUACAGACAGACGUAAAGUGUUUUAGCAAAAUGGAAAACAAACAGUUGUGCCUUCUUUUUCUGUUUGGUUUGGUGUUGGCUUGGGCUGGUCUUAGUUGCUGGGGGCCGUUGGGGCUGCUGGCCAGUCUUAGGCCCUGGGCCGGGGCAAGGCCGCUGUAAGUGGCAGUGUCUGGUUGGUGGGCAGCUCCAGCCAGCAAGGCUUCACUCCCUGUGCCUUCAGAGCCUGUAGUUGCUGGGGCUGGGCAAUGGGGUGGGGGCAGCUGGGCUCACAGAUCAGGCAGAGCCCGGUACCAGGGAGCCCUUAAGCUGACCUGGGGCUGGCUCUUGGCAGCCCCAUUGCUGGGCUCAGAGGCCUUCCUGGCCUAAGCUGCCUCUGCCCCAAGAGAUCUCUUGCCAGCCAUGCGGGCCAUGGGUCGAGGGAGGGACACUUGCUGGGCUCUCAACUGUCUUUUGGCACCCUUCUGUCGCUGCUGGGAUUUGGCUAAGAUGCCAGGAGCAGGUUGGCAGGGUGGGCUUCAGCCCUCGCCAGGCUGGCAGGCAGACCUCCUGUCCCUUGGAGCUACAGGCUGGGUGCGCUGGUGCCCCUGCCCACCCCAGCCCUCCAUGUCCCCCAGCUUGAGCGCUAAUUGCUCCGCAGUUGUGCACUGACACAAAUUUUAUACGUUUGUGGAAACUGCUGUGUCUUCUACCUCCAUGGAGGCCCUUCUGGGCUCACUGCCGGUGUUUGGUGUGGUUCCUCUGAGUUUGCCAGCCCACUGCUCCCUCCCUGGGUCUCUCACCGCUUUGUGGCCUGACAAAGUCUAGGGAGCCCAGCCUGGGGGCCCAGGGUUUCUGUUGUUUGUUUGCAGGCCUCUGUGGAGCGGGAGGGUGGAUGCUGGGGCAGUGUCCAGGCCAUCAGUGUUUGCUGAGCCUGGGGAACAGCUGCUAGGUGUCCCCUGGCAGCUCCCCUGUGGGUCCUGCAUCCAUGCAGACAGUCAGCCCCUGGGGUGGGUGGCCAGGAGGUUGGCACACCUGUACUGAGGCCAUCUGUGGUUGGCCCGAGUGCAGGGAGGUUGAGCUCUUGUGUCCAUGGCAGCCUCUCCCCAGUCCUACAUCUACUUCCGUGCCCAGUGGCUGAGAUGUGUGCAGAUGGUGGGGCUGAGGGAGUGGAUAGCAGCCCAGAGACCUUGAGGCCCUGCGUGGCCCCUGGCCUGCUCUGGGUCCUUUCUCAGAGCGAUGGGCAUUCACAGGCCCUAGAGGGGAGAAGAGCUUCCCGGCCUUUGCCAGGUCCCCUUUGCCAGGGGUGCUCUGAGCCCGGGCCUGGCUUUGAGAGGCUUAUUGCCUGUGCCGCCUGUGCCACCUGCCCUUGCCUGUCCUGGGUGGCCUGAGCCCAUGCUCUCCCUGGAGCUGGCUUCGGGGGCUGCGUAUGUGGCCAGGGCUGUCUGGGCUUUGCUGGUAUGUGGGCUUCUUGGGCUGUAGGUGGCUCCCAGCCUGGCGGGGAAUGUGUGGGCACCUGUGGGCCCAUCUCCCUGUCAGUGCCUGAGGGGCAGCCGGGGGCUGCCCCUGCCUGUCGGUGGGUGUGUGCUGGUGUGUGUGCCGGGCCUGGCCUUGGGCUCAGGCUGUCAGGGUUGAGUUCAGGGCUGGCCCUGGAAUGAACUGCCCCAUGGUGCGACGUCCAUGGGCAGCACAGCUUGCCAGAGCUGCCCGGGCUGGGGUGGAGGCUGAGCCCUGACUUACCAUCUUUGGAUGUAUUUUUUAAACAGCAAUAAUUAGCCAUUUUAAGGAAGGGGUGUACCCACAUGUGUGCGUGCGUGGCUGUGUAGUGCAGCUGUGUGAGCGUCUGUGGAUGUGUGCACGUGAGUAUGCGUGUGUCUGAGCAUCUGUGCACACUGCCUGCGUGUGGACACCUGCAUACGAGUGUGUGUGCACGUGUGUGUGUACAAGUGCUGCACGUGUGAGCCUGUGUGCCUGUGGGUGAGCACUGCGUGUGUGCCUGUAAACAGCUGUCCAUGUGGAUGGAGUGUGUGCGCACAUGUGAGUGUGUGCAGGUGUUGCGAUGGGGAGGGCGUGGGCAGGGCUUCCUGCUCUGGGAGGCGCUCUGUGGUGAGAAGCAGGGUCCCGGGCCCCGGGCCGGGCCGGCUCUAUGUGUGUACCCCAGCCCUGCUGGGUGCCAGAUAGGUGGUCAGCUGCAGUCCACCUCCCUCUUGGCCGAGGCAGGGCAGAGGCAGGAGGCCCCAUGAACAGACCUGCCCUGCUUUGGUUGGGGCAGGGGCCACGUCUUGGUGGGUCUCACUGCCGUGGUGUGUUCCUAAGCUGUACUGUGAGCCCAGGACAGGGCGGGUGUCCUUUGGCCCCGGGAUGUGCCAAAGCAGCCCCGAGGGCCAGGUGACAAGCCGAGUCCCCAGGAGACAGGCUGGGCCCAAGUGGGUGUGUGCCAGCCUGCAUGGCCCCCAAUGCUGCUGUUUUUCAAUAAAAUCAGAGUUGAAGGAAC